AUGCACGCUUCAUCGCCCGCGCAUGCACAAUCCGGCGCUGUGACUGGCCGGCGUCCCCCACCGCCGGCGCGUCCCCACUGGGAAGAGACCGCCACUGCUGCAGACGCAGCCAUGCAGGAACCAAUGCGGCCACUGGAGCCCGCCGUAUGCAGGUACCGCCCACAGCUGCUCAGGGCUCGUUCCGCCUGGCCUUCGCCCCCCUCCCCCCCGGCAGGUAUAGUACCUGGAGCUGCCACCUCACUCGCGCAUUCGCGCUUGUGCCAAUCCGUCCUGCUUGUACACCGCAUGCUAGCACAAGAGACUACUAGGACAUGGACCUUGUGCAAUGCACGAUGCAUCACCUUCCGCCGUCCCCAGCCUGGCCUAGCACCGACGCUUCUCUCUCCACCCGCCCUCGACCCGUCUGAAGCUGCUCCAGGUAACCGUCGUCAGCUCGUCGCCUUGUUCGCCCAGAGCACAGCAGAAGCAGAGGGCCGCUGCAGCGAGGCGUCACUACCCGCCUCCGCAAACCUGGGUUGA